AGCGGGACUGUCGGUCCGCGCGGUUGGAGUUGGGUAUCUGAGGUGGCGGUGCGGGGUCCCUGGGAGGCCGCGUCCUGCCGCGGAGCUGGCGGGAGAUGCGGGACCGGGACCUGGUGCUGUCCGCCCCGGGGAAGGUCAUCCUCCACGGGGAGCACGCCGUGGUGCACGGCAAGGUGGCCCUGGCCGUGGCGCUGGACCUGAGGACUUUCCUCCGCCUGCGGCCCAGCGGUGAGGGCAGGGUGUGCGUCCGCCUGCCCGGCGUCGGCGUCGUGAGGAGCUGGGACACCCCCCGCCUCCAGGCCCUGCGGGGGAGGUUUGCAGCUGACUUUGAUGAAUCUAAGUCCCCCAGCGUAGAACAGCUGGAUACACUGAGAGAGUUUGCUGGAAUUGCUGCCGGAGCCUCAGCUCCCGAGAGCCUUGCUACUCUUGCCUUUCUGUAUAUGUGCCUGGCUAUUUCGGCUAAGUAUGGAGAUGUUCCCAGUAUGGACAUACUGGUGUGGUCUGAGCUGCCCACGGGAGCUGGGCUGGGUUCAAGUGCCGCCUAUGCUGUCUGCUUGGCCGCGGCCCUGCUGACGGCGUUUGGAGCCAUCUCGUGCCCUCUGAAGGAGGGAGAGUCCUCAGCCAGGUGGACAGAAGAAGAGCUGACUUUGAUUAACAGCUGGGCCUUCCAGGGGGAGCGGGUGAUCCAUGGCAGUCCCUCGGGUGUGGAUAAUGCCGUUGGUACCUGGGGUGGAGCCCUGAGAUACCAAUCAGGAAAAAUCACACCAUUAAAGAGGGUGCCGAUGCUGAGGAUCUUGCUGACCAACACAAAAGUCCCUCGAAGCACCAAGGUCCUGGUGGCUGGUGUCAAGGAGAAGAUUCUGAAGUUCCCUGCUAUAAUGAACCCGGUGCUGGACUCCAUCAAUGCAAUUUCUCAGGAGUGCCAAAGUGUUCUGGAAGCGAUGCCUGCAAAUCCAUCACCAGAGUAUUACCCUGUGCUGGAGGAACUCUUUGAUAUAAACCAACACCACUUAAACGUGAUCGGAGUCGGCCAUCCCUCCCUGGACAGGCUGUGCCGAGUGACGGCGUCUCACGGCCUGCAUAGCAAGCUGACCGGGGCUGGUGGGGGCGGCUGUGGCAUCACCCUGCUGAGACAAGACACCUCCCUGCUGGCCGUGGAAGCAGCCAAGCGAGACUUAUGUGCCUGUGGAUUUGAAUGCUGGGAGACCAAUAUCGGGGCGCCCGGCGUGACCCUGCACUCCUUCUCGUCUUUAAACACCAAAGUGCUGCAUGCGCUCUCUGAGAGUUAAGCUUCUGCCUCUGGCAAGACUGAGCUCUUGGCACCGUGUCCUCGGAGCAAUAGCUGUGUGUGCCCUGGUCCUGGAAACUUCUCUCCUGCGUGUCUGUGGGCCUCUAGACACGGGUGCGGAGCCAAUUUCAGGCCUGGUGUCACUGGGACUGGGGGCUAUGAUGAGGACCUGGGAGCAACUGCUUGCAUUUGAGCUAGGUUUGAGCAGGUUUGACCCAGGCUCUCAAAAUCCUGUUUUGAAUUUACUUGCUCAACUGCUGUGCUAAUCCCAAGGGGCAGGAGGAGAGGGUCUUGGCUGGAUUCCAGUGUGGAUAAUGACAUUUUGCUUGGUUCUGCUGCUUCGGAUGCAUGUGGUGUCUCUUCCCUUCUCCCUUGGCAUCCUGUGAGGGCAGGCAGCGAGGCUGGCAAGGUGGAUGUCCAGAGCGCUUUGACAUUUUUGGGUGAAAAGCGUCUUGGCAGCUCAGGGCUUGACACUCAGGUCUCCAUUUUCCUGGACUGCAAUUCCUGGUGGAGAGGAAACCUUUAAAUAUAGCUCUUACCUGCUACUAAUUGAAAGUUGGAUAAUUAAAAUGAAAGCAACAGCACAAUUCUAGUGAAAUUAUCCCUGUUUUCAGUCUUCCCCAUUAUCUGCCUGGGCUGAUAAGCAGGGUCCCAUAGCUAGGCUCUGGUUUCUGUUCACGUGCUCGAGGUCCGGUUCAAACAGCCGCUCUCACCUGUAGGGAGGGUGGCUAAAGGCAAAGGCGGUCUGGGCAUUUCUGCUUGUAAUAGCUGUUCCAGGAUCUCUUGCACCACAGAAUGAAACCAGCAUGUCACCUUGACCCUACGUGUUGUUGGGUGUGUAAAUCGUGCCCCUGCCAGGGCAGGGGGAGACUGGGGCUGGAGGGGGGUCAGUGGCAGAGCAAACACAAAUUGGCUUUAGUUUGAAGUAAUUUCAGUAGAAAAAAACCCAAACAAAAAACCCCCUGCCUCCUCAAAAGCUGACCAUAACUUGCAAUUGGCAGACUAUAAAACCUAAAUGCAUUUAAACUUAUUACACAAGUGUAGAUGCAGUUUUUACUUGUGAAAUUUUAAUGACUUGUACCACGGAACUAAAGGGAAUUGGCAGGUAAGUGUCUGCAGCCAGAGUAUCUUGAAGUAAUAAGCUGACACUUAGUGGUUGUGGUCUCUUCUGUACCUGCCAAAGAGAUUUUAUCGCCGUUCUGUUUGUUGAGGGUUUUUUUUUUUUUGUUAGUUGGGGUUUUUUUAUAAGUGUAGCUCUGUUCAAGAAUUGCUUCAUUCAAAGCUGAGUAAUAAAUUGGCAGAGGUGGAGGAGCUUGCCUUCCUCUUCCAGUGCAGGAAUCAGAAAAAAAUCAAGUAUGAGAAGUUGAGAUGUACUAGCUCUAAAAUCCAGGCAUCGUGAUGACCAGCUUUAGUUCACUGAUCAGAUGUAAAACUGUCUCUGGUUUUAAUAAAUUGGUGGGUUUUUAUGUGCAAA